GACCGGGCCGGGGCCGGGGCCGGGCCCCCCCGGAGGACUGGUCACUGAGGUCUCCACCAUGGCCCCAGGAGCUUCUUCAUCAUCAUCUCCUCCAUCACCAGCCCUGCCCCUCCUCCUCCUUCUGUGGGCUGGGGCACCCCCAUCCAUUGGGCAGCCUUGCCCAGGCCGUUGCAUCUGCCAAAACGUAUCCCCAACUCUGACCAUGUUGUGUGCCAAGACUGGCCUGCUUUUUGUCCCACCGGCCAUUGACCGCCGGGUGGUUGAGUUACGAUUAACUGACAACUUCAUUGCAGCUGUCCGCCGCAGGGAUUUUGCCAACAUGACCAGUCUUGUCCACCUCACUCUGUCCCGCAACACCAUUGGCCAGGUCGCCCCCGGAGCCUUUGCUGACCUCCGGACCCUCCGGGCCCUGCAUUUAGACAGCAAUCGCCUGGGGGAGGUGCGAGGGGACCACCUUCGGGGCUUGGUAAACUUGCGCCAUCUCAUCCUGGGCAACAACCAGAUCCGCUGGGUGGAGCCUGCCGCCUUCGAUGCCUUCUUGGGUACUGUGGAGGACCUGGACCUGUCCUACAACAACUUAGAGUCACUGCCCUGGGAGGCUGUGGGCCAGAUGGUCAACCUCAACACCCUCACCCUGGACCACAACCUCAUCGACCACAUCGCCGAGGGUACCUUCGUACAACUUCACAAACUGGUCCGGCUGGACAUGACGUCCAACCGGCUGCACAAGCUGCCCCCCGAUGGACUCUUCCUCCGUGCUCAGGCCUCGGGCCCCAAGCCGCCAUCCACUCUGACGGUCAGCUUUGGAGGGAACCCCCUGCACUGCAAUUGUGAGCUGCUCUGGCUGAGGAGGCUGACCCGAGAGGAUGACCUGGAGACCUGUGCCACUCCUGAGCACCUGACGGACCGCUACUUCUGGUCCAUCCCCGAGGAGGAGUUCCUGUGUGAGCCACCUCUCAUCACGCGCCAGGCAGCUGGCCGGGCCCUGGUGGUGGAAGGCCAAGCAGUGAGUCUGCGCUGCAAGGCCGUGGGUGACCCUGAGCCAGUGGUGCACUGGGUGGCCCCUGAUGGGCGGCUUCUGGGGAACUCUAGCCGCACUCGAGUUCGAGGGGAUGGGACACUGGAAGUGACCAUCACCACGCUCCGGGACAGCGGCAUCUUCACCUGCAUAGCCUCCAAUGCCGCAGGAGAGGCCACUGCCCCAGUGGAGGUGUGCGUGGUGCCUCUCCCACUCAUGGCGCCUCCCCCUGCAGCCCCUCCACCCCUCAGUGAGCCUGGGUCCUCAGACAUUGCCACGCCUGGUCGGCCAGGGGCCAAUGAAACUGGCUCUGCUGGGGCUGAGCGGAGACUGGUAGCAGCAGAGCUGACUUCCAGCUCAGUGGUCAUUCGCUGGCCAGCCCAGAGGCCUGUACCCGGCAUUCGCAUGUAUCAGGUGCAGUACAACAGCUCUGCUGAUGACUCGCUGGUCUAUAGGAUGAUCCCGUCGAGCAGCAAGACGUUCCUGGUGAACGACCUGGCAGCUGGGCGAGCGUACGACCUGUGCGUGCUGGCCGUGUACGACGACGGGGUGACGGCGCUGACCGCCACGCGCGUCGUGGGCUGCGUGCAGUUCACCACGGCCGGGGAGGCCACGCCGUGCCGCCCGCUGCACGCCCACUUCCUGGGGGGCACCAUGAUCAUCGUCAUUGGUGGCGUAAUCGUGGCCUCGGUGCUCGUCUUCAUCGUCAUCCUCAUGAUCCGCUACAAGGUGUACGCAGGAGGCGACGCGGGCUCCGGUCACAAGGGGGCGCCGCCGCGGGUCAGCCACGUGUGCUCGCAGACCAAUGGCGGUGCCGCGGGCUCCGGCUCGGCCCCGGCCCCGCCCACCGCGCUGGACCAAUACGAGGCACUGCACGAGCUGGCGCCCGCGCCCACGGGGCCAGACAAGGAGAAGGUCAAGGUCGAGGCCGAGGGGGUGGCGCCCCCGGUGGUGGAGCCCGACCGGCUCCUGGCGCGCGGCGGCUCCUCCACAUCCCUCUGUCUGCUGCCCUCGGGGCCCGAGGCAGCGACGCCGUCUGGGCCGGAGGAAGAUGGGCGGCCCCCACUGGGGCCCGCGGGCCCUCGGCGAAGCCGCUCAGGGGCCCCUUUGGGGACCCCGGCCUCAGCCUCCGCGCUUCCCCCGGGCCGGACCCCCCGGCAGCGCUACUCUUUCGACGGGGACUAUGGCGCACUCUUCCAGAGCCACAGCUACCCGCGCCGGGCCAAGCGGACAAAGCGCCACCGCUCCACGCCCCACCUGCUGGACGAGGACGGGGGUUUGGGGGGCCUGAGCCCCGCGCGGGCCCGCCUCGCCUUCACCAGCACCGAAUGGAUGCUGGAGAGCACCGUGUGAGCGGGACCCCUGGGACCUCCGCCCAGCCAGUGGGGCCUCCCCUUCCCCAGGCCGAGGA